ACAGCUUGACUUGUUUCUUCAGUCGUGGUCAGACGAAACUCGGUUUGUUAUUUCCUAGACAAGGAGACCAUGGUGGGAUUACUACUCCAUACAGAGUCUACCCGUUACUGAGGAAGACCUAAUAUCUGCCAUGUUCUAGUCUGUUGGGGAAGGCUUGAGAACAACUUAUUUUCAUCACAGCAAAAAUACUUUACAGAAGAAUACCUGGAGGAGAGCAUCAGGAUAAAAAUCGAGGAAGGAACAAACCACAACAAAAAAUUCAAAGGACCGAAGGGAAGGAGAGGACAGGAGAGUGGAGAGGGGGUGUUGGGGAUGGGGUUGAAGAGCCAAAAGAGGGCGCCAUGGUUCACAGCGGCUCUGCAUCCCCAAUGAAAACAACACCAUCAGCAUCACCUCAUUUAAAUGUUCCUGCUACAGCACCCUCUCUGGUUCCUCCCCCUGGAGACACCACAGAUCAGGACCUAACCCAGACUCCCGCAAAACUCCUCAUCACAGAACUCAGUUCCAACUCAGACUUGACCCAGCCCUCGACUCCAACUGAUGUUGACUCUAAGCACCCUAUUUUAAUCCCAGCAAAAACACUUGCUUCUAAUUCAAGCCCGGCCUCAGCCUGGUCCGCAACACAGAAACCUACUGCUGCUCAGGCCCUUGUCAAUGGCCGUACGUCUGGCAGGAAGAGGACUCCUAAGGCAUGUGACUGCUGUGGCCCCAACAGUACAGGACACAAUGUCAGAACCUCUGGCAGAGGGAGGGGGAGAGGGAGAGGCAGAGGGAGAGGUAGAGGGAGGGGGGCUGGUAGGGACCUCAUGGACACCCCGAAAAGAAAAGUGGAUGGCCAGCUGACACAUUUAAAGUGCUUUGAUUUGACCAAGGAGGAGGAGGAAGAUGAUGAUGAUGACGAUGAUGAUGAGGAGGAGGAGGAGGAAUCCGAGGAUGAAGAUGACAGAUAUGAGAAGGUGCAAACGGCUGUAGUAGUGGCUGAUGCUCGGUCACUAAUGAAUGCUGCUCUCCCUGUCACAGUCCCCCCACAGGAUGGACCAAUGAGGCACUCUGAUGCUCCAGACAAAACCAAUGCACAGAAAAAGGAGGACAUCUUGAUAGAAGGAGGUGAUGAAAGCAAGAAUGUUAAGAUAUUUUCGGGAAUGGCAAGCAGGGGAACACCAGUAGUCAGAGGGAGAGGUGGGAAGGGGAGGGGGAGAGGAUGGGUGGGAGCUACAUCUGACUCAAAAUUGGAAGUAGAAGAUAGAAUAAAGACGGGAGGUUUUUCUGGUGUCGUCGUCAGUUCUAAAAAGGAUCCCCUAGCUCAAUCAGUGUUUGCGCAGAGGCAGGGGCAAAACAAAGACCAUGUACCAUUGGACCAUGGCAAACAGACUGACCCCAGCUCAGUUAAAUCUCAAUUUGGAAAUGGAGACACAGUAAACCUGAGUGACACUGAACCUGAAGAGGAGGCGAAGGAGCAUAACAUGAUCACGAGUGAAAUAGCAAAUGGACUACUUUCUGUUUCGAUGCAGUCAGGAUCCUGCCGGGAUCUGGACUCUGAGAUGCAGGUGGACCAGACUCUUGAUAGAACAGACUCGGUGUCUGUACCAGUAACUCUGUCCAAUGGAAAUAUCACCACACCAACAAAUUCUGACCACUGCUCCACACCUAUGGAUGUGGAAAUUUCUCAUCCAGCUGUGGUUCCUCCCCCAUUCCAGGGCCCUAUUACAGUGUGCAGCAUGCAGCACAACUGGGCAUUAAAAGACCACAGACUGUACUGUCAGCCAGGAACCUGGGAGAGUCUAGGGAUGGAAGAAGUGUGGGGCAAAGAACAGUCAGAAGAAACAAACGGAGAGAUGGACAAAGAGAAUCAGCUUACUGAAAUGAUCCACGAUUUUCUGGAGAGUUUCUACAUGAAGUACGGCAGUUUCAUUCCCCUCAGUGAGACUGAUGUCCUGGAAUACCUGAAGAAGAAAGGCAGCUCUGACCUCAGCAACAGGGAGCUGGACAUCAAAAGGGAGAUGACUCGGUACAGGGCGGGACUGGCCUCUGCUCCUAUCCCAGGCUUCAUGGUGUCAUAUAACAAACACACCCUGGGCCUGGAGGACCUUAGCACGCUGGAGGAACAGAACUGGCUUAAUGACCAGAUUAUUAACAUGUAUGGAGAACUCAUCAUGGAGGAGACACAACAUAAGGUUCAUUUUUUCAACAGCUUUUUCCACAAGCAGCUGGUUGCCAAGGGUUAUGAGGGUGUGAAGAGAUGGACUAAAAAAGUUGACCUGUUCUCCAAGUGGCUGCUGCUAUUCCCCAUCCAUUUAGAAAUCCACUGGUCUCUCAUCACGGUCACCAUGGCAACCAAAACCAUCAGUUACUACGACAGCCAAGGAAUCGUCUUCAGACACACCACAGAUAACAUUAUGAAGUACCUUCAGUCUGAAGCCAAAGAGAGGCAACAGACUGCUUUCCAGAAAGGCUGGAAGAUUACUAUCAUCAAGGGCAUUCCUCAGCAGAAAAAUGACAGUGACUGUGGAGUUUUUGUCCUCGAGUACUGCCGUUGCCUCUCUGUGAAGCAGCCUCUGCUGUUCAGUCAGGAGGACAUGCCACGCAUCCGCAAGAGGAUCCACAAGGAGCUGUGCGACUGCCGCCUCAACAACUGAACGACUGAAUCGUGGUCUCUUUCACGUGCUGACUGCUCUCCCGGUGACAUGAGACAGUCUGUCCAAGCCUGUCAGACGGCCUGUGUCACUUACAGCCUGUUACAUAAGCUAACACAACCCGGCCAUCUGUAUUCCAGGGAGCCCUAACUGCCACUCUUUGACUGACAGCAGAGUGGCUGCUCAUUUUGGACUUUUGGUGACCUCUGGAGUCCAAUAACAGUCCGUAUUUAAGUAGAUUUUUACUUGCAAAGAACUACUGACGUGGCCCCCUACUGACCCACAAAUGCUGGACUUGCUCCCAUCAGGUUGUUUUUGCGUUUUACAUUUACCUUACCCAGUGGAUUUCAACCAAAUGGACACAAGGGAGCUCUGACUCUGACUGAGGACACAGGCGUAGGAGCAGCCUGGACCAAUGGGACGGACCCUCCAUCCCAAAAGUGUGGCCUUACCUCCCGGAUGGCCAUUUUACCUGAAAGACAUUUUUAUUAACUGUUUAUUUUAUGGGACUUACAGCAGUAUCAUACAGUUAUAUGCGUGUUUUCUAACAUGUUUAUUAAUGUUAGGAUGUUUGAUUCAGUGGACCAACUGUUCACUUAAAACUUGAAGGUUUAAGUUGGUUUCGUUGUCUUGGCUACAGAGAUUUGCACGGGGCGUUGAAGAGUCUAAAAUAUCAACUGAAUGUACUGAUCACGUAUUCUUCCUGGCUGCCUCGCAGGGUGGAGACUUAGCACCAUACAGCCUAAAGGCACAUUUUGGCUCUGGCUUGAAACAGGGAUAAUUUUUCAAGGUUGUUUUUGUUCAAAGUUUCAGGUUUUUGACACGUUACUCAAAAUGAUUUCUUAUUAAAAUUCCAGUUUUUCCACCACAUUAUUUCCUGCUAUCCUGUUUUGCUGUGAUCACAUCAUUAUUAUUUGGUUUUGCACAAGCAUUUUUUCCGCCUUUUCAGCUGAAAGUCAUUGUUUGACUAUUUUUAAUCUAUCGAUUUAAGUUAAAAACACUUUCUCAUGCUGGUUAGUAAAUUUCCUUUUAAGCUGUACAGCUAGCUGCUGAUGAGAGGACCACCGGUUUCUGAUUUUUGCCAAGCAGUUUCUCCUUGUCGACUUUAUAUUUUCAAGGCCUCCUGCUUCACAAGGACGCAUAAUACAGGUGCAGAAAGUCGUAGUUACAGAGUGGCCUCUUAACAGAGAAACAAGUGGACCUCAGCAAUUUUGAUUAAAUCUUCUGUCCAACCUAGGUUUUGUUGUUAUAUCCACUUAUAUGUAUUUACAGAUUGUAUUGUACUUUUACUGGCCUACUACUGUACCUGCUUGCUUUGGCUAAAAACCACAAUUGUUUCUGGACUGUUUUUAUUGUUGUUAUUAAAAGGCCAAUACUGC